UUUGCAGUUCAUUCGAUAGUGACUUGAAGGGGAGACGUUAAUUGAGAUGUCCGAUGAAUAUGACUAUCGCAGCUAUAAUAAUGAAAUCGAAAGAAGCAAUGACGUCUUCCCGUUACCAGGCAAUAUCGGAUCAAUGGCAGUCAAUGUCUAUGUCGAAAAUGAUGAGAAUGUAUACAAACUGGGCUCGAAGGCAAAAAGAAAAGCAAAAAAGAAAAAGAAAAUCGAAGACAACGAAGAACAUCCAAGCGGACUUGCUGGAAUCACAGGGCUUUUUCGAUAUGCUCAACCUGCUGAAUAUAUUUUGAUGAUAAUUGGCUUUUUGGCUUCUAUAGUUAAUGGUGCUAGUUUACCUAUAAUGGCAAUCGUUUUUGGGAAAAUGACAAACAUGUUUAUUAAUGUUUCUUCAAAUGGAUUUAAACAAAGUGGUACAAAUUAUACAAUACCCAAUUUCACAACACAAUCAACAAUUCUUGAUGAAAAAACCCCAAUACCAGUACAAAUAACAAGAGAAGAGUUCACAUCAUCUAUGGAAUAUUUCUCAUUUUAUUACAUUUAUAUAAGUAUUUCUGUUCUUAUAUCUGUAUUUAUUCAGACUCUUUGCUGGGAAAUGGCUUGUGAAAGGCAAGUAUACCGCUUAAGACAGAUUUUUUUCUCUCAAAUCCUACGCCAAGACAUAAGUUGGUACGACGCCAACGAAGACGGUGACCUUCCUCAUAAACUCUCUGAUGAUUUGGAGAGGGUGAGAGAAGGUAUCGGAAGCAAAUUCAGCAUGCUCACGCAGUAUGGUUCAACUUUCAUUGUUGGAAUUAUUGUUGGUUUUAAUGCAAAUGUAAAACUGACUAGUGCCAUGAUUAUAAUAGCGCCAUUAAUCAUAGGAAUUUCUGCAGUUGUAGCAAGGGCAAUGAGUGGAUCUGCACAAAGAGAACAGUUAAGAUACGGCAUUGCUGGAGGAAUUGCAUCAGAAGUGCUUAACUGUAUCAAAAUUGUUGCUUCAUUUGGAGGAGAACCAAACGAAAUUGCAAGGUAUGGGGACGCUUUGGAGCAAGGAAGAAAAGUGACGAUGGGUAAAUACUACAUUCUUUCUAUAGCUGCAGCGUUUAUGUUUGUGACAUCGUACGGUGCUUUUGGUUUUGCAUUUUGGUAUGGCUCUGAUCUCAUAAUGCAUGGUGACGCAACACCUGGAAGCGUUUUUACUGUGUUUUUCAGCGUUAUGACAGGUGCAUUUACAAUAGGAAAUGCUCUCCCUUUUGUUAACACAGUUAGUACGGCAAUUGGUUCAGCAUCUACAAUAUUUAACAUAAUUGAUAGAAUACCUCCUAUAGACUCAUAUUCCCAAGAUGGAAAAAUUCCAGACAAACUUGUUGGUGAAAUAGAGUUUAAAGAUGUUCAAUUUUCAUAUCCUACAAGAACUGAAGUUAAGGUGUUGAAAGGUUUAAACAUUAAAAUAGAACCAGGAAAGUCUGUCGCUUUGGUGGGUGGAAGUGGGGCUGGAAAGAGCACGGUCGUAGGUUUGCUACUGCGUUUCUACGAUCCAGAUAGUGGAGAAGUUUUAAUUGAUGGUAUUCGAGUUGAUGAAUUGAAUCUUGAAUGGCUAAGAAGUCAAAUUGGUGUAGUUUCACAAGAGCCUGUCCUUUUUGGUGUUUCUAUUGCUGAAAAUAUCCGUUACGGGUGUGAAUCAAUAACUGAAUCCGAUAUAGUCCGAGCUGCUACUUUAGCAAACGCUCAUUCCUUCAUCAGAGAUUUGCCCCUUGGGUAUGACACUCAAGUCGGCGACAGGGGUACAAUGUUGUCAGGAGGACAAAAACAAAGAAUAGCUAUCGCAAGAGCUCUUGUCAGAGAUCCAAAGAUUCUUCUUCUAGAUGAGGCUACUUCUGCUUUAGACGCACAGAGUGAAAGCAUUGUACAAGCUGCUUUGGACAAUGCAAUGAGGGGAAGGACAACAGUUAUUGUUGCACACAGACUAUCAACAAUACGGAAUGUAGAUACGAUUUAUGCUCUAAAAGACGGAAAGGUUUUUGAAUCUGGAUCACAUGAAGAACUUAUUGCUAAACAAGGCUUAUACUAUGGCUUGGUGGAGGCCCAAAAGAAAAGAGAUGCUAAGGCUCAAAUUGGAGAGGAAGGGCCAGCAAUAAUAGAGAACCAAGUGACCCUUCAUGAGAAAGAAAGGAGAUCGUCAGGAGUUCUAUCAAGGGCAUCAUUAAGACGAAGUAGGAGAAAAUCAUCAGCACUCGGAAAUGUGUACGUUGGUGCUCCUAAGAAUGAUGAGACUAAAGAGGAAUUGGCAAAGAGAGUAAGCUUUUUGAAAAUCUUGAAAAUGAACAUCAAUCAGUGGCCACACAUGUUGUUAACAAUGAUUGGAUGCGUUAUUGUUGGAACGAGUAUGCCAUUAUUUGCAUCUCUCUAUGCCGACGUUUUUCAUACUUUUACUCUUAAAGGAGAAGAAUUUUCAUCAGCUGUAAGAUUUUGGACAAUAAUUUAUAUUUGUUUUGCCGUUUCAACUGGGUUUGGAAACUAUUUAGUUGCGAUUUGCUCAAGUAUUUUAACGGAAAAAAUGAUAGCAGUUAUGCGCUUGAAAGCAUUUAUUUCUAUUGUUAGGCAAGCAAUAUGCUGGUUUGAUAUCGAAGCACAUUCAGCAGGGAGAUUGGUAACAUGCCUAGCAAGAGACCCACCUCUAAUAAAAUCUGCGGCUGGUUUUCGAGCAGGCCAAGUUUUUAUUGCAGCAACAUCCCUCGUCGCAGCUUUAAUAAUAGCAUUUUCUACAGGCUGGAAGCUUGCAACUGUUCUUUUAUUUGUAGCGCCUAUAAUUGCAGGUGCUGCCUACAAACAAGCAAGUCUCUUGAGGAGACAUCAAAAGAGAGAUGCAAAAUUUAUGGAUGAUGCAGGACAGGUAGCGAGUGAAGCAGUACUCAAUCUGAGGACAGUACAAGCUUUAGGAAGAGAAAAACUUUUUCUCAAAAGAUACAAAGAUUACUUACUACUUCCUUUUGUUGAAUCCAAGAAACAAGCAUAUGUAUAUGCAAUAGUCUUUGCUAUUUCUCAAUCUCUUGUCUAUAUGAUGUAUGCGGCAGCUUUUAGAUUUGGUGCUGUUUUAAUUGAAAAAGAUGAAAUGACGCCUACAUCAGUUUAUAGGGUGUUCUUUUCUUUAUCAUUUUGUGCAACUGCUGUUGGCCAAGCUUCCACAUAUUUUCAAGAUUUUGCGAAAGCAAAAUUGUCUAUUGGAUUUGUCUACAGACUGAUGAGCAUGAAUUCCCUAGUAGAUGCUCUAGCUCCGGGUGGAAUUAAACCAAUAAUCCAUGGGAAAGUAACAUUCAAAGAUAUUUAUUUUUCAUACCCAACGAGAAAAAAUAUUCCUAUACUGAGAGGGCUGAAUUUGACAAUAGAGCCUGGCCAAACUGUAGCACUUGUUGGAAGUUCUGGUUGUGGAAAAUCAACUGUGAUAGGCUUACUUGAACGCUUUUACUUGCCCAUCACUGGCAAAGUGCUUUUAGAUGAUGUCGACACUUCAGUGAUCAACCUAAAAUGGCUGAGAAGUCAUAUAGGCCUUGUUACACAAGAACCUGUUCUUUUUGACUGCUCGAUAAAAGAAAAUAUUGCAUAUGGAGCUAGAGAGCCGUCUAAAGUAAAAGAUAAUCAAAUAUUUGAGGCUGCAAAAACUGCAAAUAUUCACGACUUCAUUGUAAAUCUUCCUCAGGGAUAUGCGACCAUGGUUGGUGACAGAGGCGCUAAACUUUCAGGAGGGCAAAAACAAAGAAUUGCAAUCGCUAGAGCACUUAUACGUGAUCCUAAAAUUUUACUUUUGGACGAAGCUACAUCAGCUUUAGACACAGAAAGUGAAAAGAUCGUUCAAGAAGCACUAGAUAGGGCGAGAAAGGGCAGAACAAGUAUUGUCAUCGCCCAUAGACUAUCAACAAUCCAGAAUGCGGAUGUCAUUGUGGUCAUUCAUCAAGGACGAGUUGCUGAGAAAGGCACCCAUGAAGAAUUAAAAAAUAUGCGUGGUUUAUACUAUGAAUUGAUAAAACAUCAAUAACCCACCAGCAUAAUAAAUUAUUAUUUAUUUUUUGUUGUAA